AUGAAUCGAUGGAUCUAUAAUGAUCCUUUGAUUCUAGAUCUAACUCGUCUUCACCAAUAUCGAAUUUUAGGUUCCUGUGAUGGAUUGAUUUGUAUUUCUCGUGAUAUUUUAGAUCUGUUUCUAUGGAACCCCACUACUAGAAAGUUGAAGAAAUUGCCCUCUUCUGGAAUUAAUGUGAGUUGUGAACAUGAUGUUGAUUUUUCUUAUGGAUUUGGUUGUUGUACUGAUACUGAUCAGUGUCGAAUUGAUUACAGAGUCGUAGAAAUUGUGCGAAAAGAACAUAGUUGUAUUAAUCGUUACUAUGUUAGUGUUUAUAGUCUAAGAAGUGAUUCUUGGAAAAGAAUCGAAGAGUAUCCGAGCAUUGUGUUUUGGGAUCAUUCUGGUAAGUUUGUGAAUAGGAAACUUCAUUGGAGUGCGGAGGAUCGUGUUAGUGAUAGUAAAUCGACAUUUUUUAUUUCUUCGUUUGAUCUGGUAAAUGAGACAUUUGGAAAUGUAGCGUUGCCUGGUCCAGAAGGUGAGUUUUUCUAUCGUGAAGUAGGGUGUUCAGGGGGUAAUUUGUGUCUGUUUUGUUACUUUGAGAACAAGACGGAUGUGUGGGUAAUGAAGGAGUAUGAUGUUGCAGAGUCGUGGACCAAGAUAGCUUCGAUCCCUACAAAAGAUUACGAGGCUUAG